AUGGCCAAAACAAUGACAACAGCUCGCUUCCACGCCGCCAAAGACGUGCACGUCGAUGAGAUAUCCGUUCCAGAAGUUGGUGAAGAACAAGUAAGGAUCCGGCUUGAUAAAGGGGAUUUUGCAUCUGCGAUCGACGCAAUUGCGACGAGCGAGAUUCAGCCCAAAGACACGAUCACGAAGGUCCUGAGCAUCGAUCAGGUUGAUGCAGGUUUCAAGGCCCUCGUGGAAGACAAAGACAACCAGAUUGUAAAGAUCAUGAUCGACUUGGGAAAACUCCGUAAUUGA